GUUGCCGGAGUGGCCUUGUUCUCCGCGCUGCGUGGGCGAGGACCGUCUACCCUGCCCGUGGCCCGCCAUCUCUUCCCGACGGAAGGAACAUCAUGCCUUCUAUUAAGUUGCAGAGUUCUGAUGGAGAGAUAUUUGAAGUUGAUGUGGAAAUUGCCAAACAGUCUGUAACUAUCAAAACCAUGUUGGAAGAUUUGGGAAUGGAUGAUGAAGGAGACGAUGACCCAGUUCCUCUCCCAAAUGUUAAUGCAGCAAUAUUAAAAAAGGUUAUUCAGUGGUGCACCCACCACAAGGAUGACCCCCCUCCUCCUGAGGAUGAUGAGAACAAAGAAAAGCGAACAGAUGAUAUCCCUGUUUGGGACCAAGAAUUCUUGAAAGUGGACCAAGGAACACUUUUUGAACUGAUUCUGGCUGCAAACUACUUAGACAUCAAAGGUUUGCUUGAUGUUACAUGCAAGACUGUUGCCAAUAUGAUCAAGGGGAAAACACCUGAGGAGAUUCGUAAGACCUUCAAUAUCAAAAAUGACUUUACUGAAGAAGAGGAAGCCCAGGUACGCAAAGAGAACCAGUGGUGUGAAGAGAAGUGAAAUGCUCUGCCUGACACUGUAACACUGUAAGGAUUGUUCAAAAUACUAGUUGCACUGCUCUGUUUAUAAUUGUUAAUAUUAGACAAACUGUAGACAAACACAGCAGCAAAUCAGUUGUAUUAGCAGACUAUUGUCCUCAUUGCAUGUGUAGUUUGCUUAGAUUCCAUAUCUAUAUUUGAGUUCUUUCUCAUGAUCAAAGAUUUGCCGCCCCGCUUUAUUUUUUUGCUCUGAAUAAAACUGGUGGUUUCUCUAUAGAAAGUGGCAUUUUCGGCUUUCCCCCUUUUUGUAAAACAAUUUCUGCCUACUUACUGUCUUAAACAUUAGUGAUCUAUUAAAAGUUGAUGUAAAUAAAAGCAACUUGCAAAAAGUUUUCUGAAAUAGAAUUAACAGAGUAUUUUUUUGAUGAAUUAAGAACUGUAUAAAAAAGCCUACCUACUUAAGGUAAAUGUUGUGUUGGGGUGAUUGGGACUUCUUCCUGAAGUCAGAUUCAUAGAAAAUGAUUAUAUGUCUUAGGACUCCUGUAAUUUGAGGACUUGUUUUGUCAUUUUAAUCUCUUAGCUUUGGCUAGAGACUCACUAUUACUCAAGGUUAUGGGGGUUUUUGUCUAACAAUCUAAAUGGUUUGUUAGCUUUUCAAUUAAAGACCCCUAACCCAUGUGGUCUGUCCUUUUUUUAUAAUCAGUGAUCCCAUAUGGAGAACUAUAUACACUACUUGCAUGUAAAAAAAUUGUGUGGCAAAAUGCAGAAAGCAUCCAUCAUGAAUGCAAGAUACUUUCAAUAAAAAGUAAGUUACGUA